UUAUUGCGAACCGGAAGGUAUUUUCUGGUAGUUGCAGCACGGUCACACUCGAAAAUUGUUUGCCCGCGCGAGGUGCUGCGUUUCAUUUCGGCUCGCAUCGGAAACAAAAAAAAUCUCUUAACCGCCGGGAAAGUCGCGAAACAAUAUUGGGUUUUAUGUGAAAAAAUCGAGAAAAAUAUUGUCAACACAUUUUCCUAAGAUAACAACAAACAAAUGUGCGUGUGAAACAAUUGGCGACAACAACAAAUCGUGCACCCCAGACAGCCUGUGUGCGAGAGCGUGAGAGGUGGUCGUGCGUCCCUCUCCAACACACACAUUGAAUCGGCGCCGACGACGCGUACGCAACAAACGAAAAUAAAACGCAAGCGAAAAGGAGAGAGAAAGAACAAAUAACGCCCACCGUAACACCCCCCGCGAAUAAGAAGAAGCAGAGAAGCUGAAGCAGAGAAAGACGAAGAAGCAGCAGCAAAAGCAGACGGCAGAAUUGGAGCUUUGCGCAGAAAUCGAUUUUUUUGCCCAUUUUAAGAGAUUUUCGGUAGCCUCUCCCACUGUCGAAAAUCGUUUAUAGCCACUGCUGCGUGCGUGUUUGUGUGUGUGUGUGCGUGCGUGUGCCUGUGCGAAAGUGAAACAAACAAAUACAACAGGCGAAAGAUUAAAAUUAUAUAGUACCACUGUGAGUCACAAAUAAUAAGAAAAGAAAAAAACAGAAAACAUAAAAAAGAAAAAUUAAUUCAGCAGCAGCUUUAGCUUUUUAGCUGCUGGCAUUGAAGAGGUGCUCUGCCGCAGUCGACGUCUCUGCCGCCGCCCGCAACACGCGCUCUCUUGGUCUCUCUCCGUCUCUCUUGUGAGUGAAAUAACACCACACUAAACGACACACACACGAGAAAAAGCAUAAUAAUAUUAACCAAAACGCCAGCCAAAGUGCCAGUUAAGUUAUAAUUAUACACUAAAAGUAAACCGAGAAAAGAGAGAGCUGCCAGCCAAAAGCGGAAAAUCAAUAAAAGGUCUCUCGCAAAAGUGGAAAAACGUGCAAACAAGUUAAAAGCAAGGCUGCAAAAAAAGAAAAAAGAAAACUCCGCGCGCGUUUACACGUGUGGUUUAUGUGUGUGUGUUUAACGUUUAACUGCUAAUCGCAAAAACGCAAUCUGCGAAGACCGCGUAACAAAGGCUUACGUAAAGCUUGGCAAAGAGAGAAAACCGAAUAACAACGAAGCAUAAAAAACAAUAUAUAACAAAUUCAACAAAUUUGGAAACUCCCAGAAAACAAGGAUAGUCCCAAAAAUUAGAAACUCCCCAAUUAUCAAAUUCCCCCAACAAAAAAUAUAACGAGAAUAACCUUCUCGCACACCCUACAAAAACCAGGAUAACAACCCGUCACAAAGAUGACUAAAGACAGAUUAGCCGCUCUCCAUGCCGCCCAAUCGGAUGACGAGGAGGAGACGGAGGUGGCCGUCAAUGUGGAUGGCCAUGAUUCCUACAUGGACGACUUCUUCGCCCAGGUGGAGGAGAUACGCGGGAUGAUCGACAAGGUGCAGGAUAACGUCGAGGAGGUGAAGAAGAAGCAUUCGGCCAUCCUGUCCGCCCCGCAAACGGACGAGAAGACCAAGCAAGAGCUGGAGGAUCUGAUGGCUGACAUCAAGAAGAAUGCCAAUCGCGUUCGGGGCAAGCUCAAGGGCAUCGAGCAGAAUAUCGAGCAGGAGGAGCAGCAGAACAAGUCGUCGGCGGAUCUGAGAAUCCGGAAGACGCAGCACUCGACGUUGUCACGGAAAUUCGUCGAGGUGAUGACCGAAUACAAUCGCACGCAGACCGAUUACCGGGAGCGCUGCAAGGGAAGGAUACAGCGUCAGCUGGAGAUUACCGGACGACCGACCAACGACGAUGAGCUGGAGAAGAUGUUGGAGGAGGGCAACUCGUCUGUGUUCACGCAGGGCAUCAUCAUGGAGACGCAGCAGGCCAAACAGACGCUGGCGGACAUUGAGGCACGUCACCAGGACAUCAUGAAGCUGGAGACUUCGAUCAAGGAGCUGCACGACAUGUUCAUGGACAUGGCCAUGCUGGUGGAGUCGCAGGGCGAGAUGAUCGAUCGCAUUGAGUAUCAUGUGGAGCACGCUAUGGACUAUGUGCAGACGGCAACUCAGGACACCAAGAAGGCGCUCAAGUACCAGAGUAAAGCCCGACGAAAGAAGAUCAUGAUACUGAUCUGCCUCACUGUGCUGGGCAUCUUAGCGGCCUCAUAUGUUAGCAGUUAUUUCAUGUAAAUCUCGAAUGCAAUUACUUACACGCCACAUUCACACCACCUCACACACAGCCAGACACACAUUAUACUAUAUCUCAUCCAGACCCAAACUAUAUACAUACAUAGAAUGUUGCGCAACCCACCCAGAGAAAUUGCAGAAGACAAAAUCGAAACUUAAACUGUAAGAGACCGCAACCAGUGAAUCCCCGAUAAAAAAGAAAUGCACACGAAAUUAGGUCUCGAUUACACCAAUUAUAGCUAUUACAAUAUAUAGAGAAACAUGUAUGGUUAGUAAGCAAGAGUCUCAAGUCCCCAGAGUCUAUCCUAUAUACACAUGAAACUCAACUUAUAGCUACCAGAAUAUUUAGUACUUGUAAACAAAUUGCUAAUUGAAAAGUUAUAAAAACCAAUGCGAAGAGAGUUAAAACACAAAACUACAAGACACGUAAUUGCAAACAAAGAAAACAUGAAAUUUUAUUGAUUAUUGUUAUAAUGCGAAGCAAAAAAAACAAAAAGAGAAUUAUAAUAAAAAGAAAGGAACACUUCUCCACUGAAACACACGAAACACACACUCAUUGCAAAUGCUUUGCAGGGAGAAGUGAAAGAAAAUCUUGUUGAUUUCCUCGUUUUUCCGACUUUGAAAAUGCAUUUAGUUUUUGUUCGUUUAGCUAGUUUAGUUCUCCUGUUCAAAACUCACACAAAAGUAGCCUCAUCACCCACACACUCACUCACACCGAUGAAGAUGAGAAAUAUGCAACAAAUCUCUAGUUCACUUUUGAAUAUUUAUUAUAAAAAGAUUGUUUACUAUACGAUAUAAUAACUAUAUUGACUAUUUACUAUAAUGCUAUUUACUUAACAUGUUCAUAUUUAUUGAAUGCAUAUGAAAAAUAUAAAUUAUACAAACACAGCGCAUAUAUAUAUACAAAUAUAAAUCUAGAUAAAUAGCUAACUCGGACAUUCUCAAUGGAGAUGAUAAUGCGAAACGAAUACAUGAGAAGUUGAGGAAGUUGAUGGAAUGUCGACUUUGAAGGGGUAAACAAUUCAAUCACACUCACAUAUAUAGUCAGCUUCAAAUUAAUCGGUAAACUGUUAAAUUUAUAGUUGAUUAUUCAUUUUUGUUUCCUUUUCUCUUGUUGCGCAAACAAUUGAACAAGUUUUUAUGUUGUUUAACUUACCGGAAAAACUAGUUUUCUUUUGUUGAUUUCCGUUUUGUAAUCGCCCGAAAAGUUAACAGAAUUUAAUGGAUUUCGGUUUCAGCUAUGAUUUCAUUUCUCACACUCACACCGCACAGCACUCACAGUUUUGAAAUACUUUUUCUUUCUGAAUUAACCUAAUUUAUUUUUCCUUUCUUUCCACCCACCGCCCCACAUCUCAAUAAC